GGCGUUGUCCUGCCUGAUGGCCGCCGUGGCCGCCGCCCCUCAGAUCACUCGACCCAACCUUCUGGAUCGACCUUUCGUCGCCAUCCUGAGGGACGAUCGACAGGAUCUGGGCGACAGAGCUUUCAGCUACGCCUUCGAAGCCGCCAACGGAAUCCGCGAGUCCCGUGUGGGCUACCCUGGGUCCAAGGGCCAGACUAAUAUGCAAGGAUCUUACAGGUUCCCCCUCGACGACGGCACCAUCGCCGAGGUUCGCUUCGUCGCCGAUGAGUUCGGAUUCCGCGCCGGUUCCUCGCUCCUCCCCAUCCCCUAUCCCCACCUCGCCCACUGAGCAGAUUCGCGUCACCGA